AUUAAAUUUAGGUUAAGUUGUGAAAAACCAAAAUCAUAUAUUAUUACUAUGUAUUUACUGCAAUAUUCUUCAACAUUCAACAUAUCAGAUGUCAGAUAAUCAAAAAGACAAAUUAUAUUACAAUACAUAUCGGAAGAUCUUACAUGGUAAACAUAGAUUAUUAUAAAUCAAAAAAUAGUUCCAUUGAUAUUCUAUUAUCUAAGGAAAAUGGAAGGAAAAAAGCAAAUUGAUUUAAAAAAAGAAUUUGGUCAUUAUGCUACAAAAUACAAAAGUUUAAACCCGUUCAAUGAAAUUGAUUCAAAAAAGCUUCUUAAAGAAAGAUACAAGCUAAAUUUAGAAGACACCAAACCACUAGAGGAUGAAGAGCCAAUUAAAACUGUAACUGUUGACUUAUUUAAACAAAUACCCCAACUAGAGGAUAUAAAUUUAACCAAAUCGGAUCCUUUGUGUAAUAUGCCGAAGCUUUCUGAAAAAGAAGCAGUACGGAGAGUUCGAAACAAAUUUAUAAGAUUGCAAUUGUUGUAUGCACAGGAAUACAGAUAUUUAUUAUUCAAGUAUCGAAUAAAACGUAGAGAAUAUUUGUUAAAUAAAAAAUGUGAUUCUGAAUCAUAUGGACAAUUAAAUAAAACAAAAUGGACCAAUGAUGAAGAAUAUGCCAAAUUUCGCUACCUUAAAUUAUUAGAACACUAUCAAAAAAUAGAAAUAGGACAAGAAGCAGUAGUAUUUAAGUCAGCAAUGGAUAGAAAAAUAAGAGCAACUUCAUUAUUAAAUAAUAAAGGAAAAUCACACCCUCCACAUUGUACAUUUGUUGAAAUGGGAAUAAAAUGUACUGGAAAAAUGAUACCUAAGAGUAAAUUUUGUAAAAAACAUGUACUUAAAGAUCCUAAACAAGUUUUAUUCAGAGCUUGCAAUAUUCUUCAAAGUGAUAACAUUUGCCAAGAGCCAAUUGUUAAUUUUGACAAUAAAUCUACAUGUAUCUUACAUGAAAAAUUACCGAUGCUUCGAGAUUAAGUAUAAAAUAAGAAUAUUAUCAUAUAAAAAAAUACCUAUCUAAAUUUAGACUGUAUUUAAAGAUUUUUGACAACAAAUAAUAUUGUAAUUGUGUUUAAGUACUAAAGCUGUAAAUGAUGUACAAUUUAUGUAUGGUAAAGUAUAUUUAUGUUUUUAUAU